AUUUCCAUUGUCUCCCCUUUUCUCUUUCCCCUUCUCUUUCCCCCUUAGAUUCCCCCACCACUCCUCCCUGUCCCCCUCUCGUUGUUUUCUCCUACGCCCUACACCACUCCCUUUCCCUUCACCCCACUGUAUAUAAAAAUCCCUUUUUUAUUUAUUGUUUCCUCUUGCCCGGGUGCCCAUGGGGAUUUAGCUUGGUGGGUUUUGAUGUGUGUCUAGAGCUUCCGCUAUAUGAUUCACAGAUCAUUUUAGUUUUCAUCUCCAGUAGAGCUCUCUCCGAGCCCAUUUGGUUGCGAUUUGAUGAGAUAUUGGAGAAAUUUUUGUGUUUGAGUCAUCUACGAUGGAGGAGGGUGGAAGCAGCUGCUAAAGAUUGGAUUUUUUUUUUUUUUUUUUUCAACGUUUUCGGAGAAAUUGGGUUUAAUCUAAGAUGGAGGGUGAGAGCAAGACCAUGGUGAUUAGAGAGAAGGAUUGCGUGAAUUGGGUGAAAGAGAAAGAAUCAGAGGUGGAAAAAGAUGGUAAUGGUGAGUUCUCAAAAGAAGCUCCCUUUACGAAGAAGCCGAGGUCAGGUGCUUCUGAUUUGAUCGAAGAAUCUGAUAUCAAAAGGAAAGAUAAGGAUAAGAACAGAGAAAACAGGAAGCUCAGUCGGCAGGACCGAAUCGAGCUCAGCCGGCUUUUUCAGGGCGCGGUGACGUCUCACGAUUGGGAGCUCGCGGAGAGCUUGGUUCCCUUGGCCGAUCUUCAGACUCUCAAUGAUGCAUUGUGUGUGGCGCUGGAUUCGAUAUGGUUCUUGAGCACCAAUGACGAAUUGCGCGGAAUCACGGGGCUGAUAAAGAAGAUCGUCGCGAAUGGCGCGAACGAUUUCACGAGGGCGGCCCUCCGGACCUCGUUUCUCGCUUCGUGCGUCUCUGCCUGUAAAAGCAAGACGUUGAGUUUGGCCGAGACAGUGAAUGUCAUGGCUCAAAGACUGCAAGAGCGUCUCCAAGAAUGCCACGGCGAUGAGGUUUUGAAGGCAGAAGCAGGUGCCAAAGUCCAGAAAUUCACGGAAUGGGCUUUGAAGUGCAUCGGCUUCCACUCGCGUUCCCGAGAGAAUAAUAUGGAUAGUAGAGGGAAUCAUGGCACGAUUCUCGAAGUGCAGCUACAGUUAUCGGCAUUUAAGGCUUUUCUGGAUCUCGCAGGCAAUCAUCUCACAGGGAAGGACUUCACCGAGGCCUUCGAUGCGGCCUGCUUUCCUCUUACCUUGUUUUCCAGCUCGUUUGAUCCCGGCUGGGCUUCUGGGAUUCAAGCAACUGCUAUUCAAGGUCUUUUGGGAAUGCUUGUAGAGGGGGGCGCGGAUAAUGUCAACCAGUGCUUUCUAGAAGCUUCACGAUUUGGGAGUACUGAACUUGUCCGCAUCUUGCUUCAGAUUGCUCAGAGGAACAGCCUGGAUGUGGAUGUCGACCUUGCCCUUGGCUUUGCAUCCCACUACUGCAAGAUCGGGACCAUGGAGUGCCUUGUCGAGGAAGGGAACGCUGCCGCCUUUCUAGGCCCACUGAUGCGGGCGGCCGAGCGGGGGUGCAUGCCUGUUGUCCGGUGGUUUGUUGGCAGGGGCUGCCGCGACAUGGAGCUCUGCCUCGCCCUCACAGCUGCCACCUCCGCCAGCCAGGUCGACAUCGCUGCCUACCUCCUCCCCCAUGUCCCUCGUCAUGUCCUUGCGGCCCUCAGCGUCGAGAUUCUUAAGGCCGCUGGCGAGCGGAGUGGUGGCGGGUCCCUAGACGGUGUCGCCUUCCUCCUCCAAUCUGACUUCUUAGGUGACCCUGCUGCGACCUAUGCUGUGGCCGACAGCAUUGCACAGUCGGAAGAUGAGGCAGUUGCGCCAGAACUUAGGGCUUUUCUAAAAGAGCACUGGUCGGAGGCGGCGUUCGCAGAGGGUUUGAGGUCAGGGGAGGACCACUUCGUGAAUUUCAUGAGGGUUUUGAAGAAUGGGGGCUCGCCCAUGUGCCUCAGGGACCUGCCACGGCCGCUAGUAAUAGCAAUGGCGUACCUGCCGCUCUAUAGGGAGUGUUUAGCGACUGGGGCCAUGUUGUUGCCGCAGAGGCUGAGAGGGCGGCUCGUGGAGGCAACGAGAAGGCUUGGUGGCAGCGGGGAGGUCGAUAAAAGUAACCAAGGGAGAGAGCUCCUGCCGAUAUUGGAGCAGCACCUGCCGACCUUCUUGACCAGACAUAUAUAAAAUCUUUAGCUGAAAACAAAGAGGAAAAAGAAAUUCCGGGCUUCGUUACUGCGGAUAACAUUGUUCUCCCUUUGUGUUGAGGGUAGCAGGGCUAGUUGGUGUAUGGGGAUGAACUUUUAGAAACUUGAGGGUUUAUAUUGAUCACUGCCUAGAGGAAGUGGUGAUGAGAGUGUAGUUUUGGGCUCUUAUAUGCUUUCAAUUAAUGUAAUUUCUCCGUGUACUUCGGAUCGUCGUCGCCCCGCCCUCUUUCAUCGAUGAGAUAUAAGAAUGUGCAGUAUCUUAUAAUGAGUCUUAUAGAUGGCUAUGAAAUUGCACAAAUUUUUCGGCCCAUCGGAAUUGCAUUUAUCAGGCCUGAGCAUUUCUGAUCAUUUGCUUUUCUUCUUAAAUUUCCUUUGAACUCUGGGACCUACUGGUUCCGUUUUUCUGUAAAAUUGUGAGCUAUCAUCCUGCUGAAACAAAAUAUUUUUGUGAUAGUU